GGCUACUUGGUGUGUGAGGUGCCGACGGGAGGAUGGACGGGUUGGUGUCUGAAUGCUCCGCGCGGCUGCUACAGCAGGAAAAAGAAAUUAAGUUUCUGACUGCUGAGUUCGAUCGUUUAAAAAACUGUGGCUGUUUAGAAGUGUCUCCAAAUUUGGAGCAAUUGCGAGAAGAGAAUUUAAAAUUAAAGUAUCGACUGAAUAUUCUUCGAAAAAGUCUUCAAGCAGAAAGGAAUAAACCAACCAAAAAUAUGAUUAACAUCAAUAGCCGCCUACAGGAAGUCUUUAGUAGUGCCAUUAAGACUGCCUAUCCAGAUUUGGAAAAUCCUCCUCUGAUAGUCACACCAAGUCAACAGCCCAAGUUCGGGGAUUAUCAGUGUAACAGUGCCAUGGGUAUUUCUCAGAUGCUCAAAACCAAGGAACUGAAAGUUAAUCCAAGAGAAAUUGCCGAAAACAUUACCAAACACCUUCCAGACAAUGAAUGUAUUGAAAAAGUUGAAAUUGCUGGUCCUGGUUUUAUUAAUGUCCACUUAAGAAAGGAUUUUGUAUCAGUACAAUUGACCAGUCUUCUGGUGAAUGGAGUUAAACUACCUGCUCUUGGAGAGAAUAAAAAGGUUGUAGUUGACUUCUCCUCUCCCAACAUAGCUAAAGAGAUGCACGUAGGCCACCUCAGAUCAACCAUCAUAGGAGAGAGCAUGUGCCGCCUCUUUGAAUUUGCAGGGUAUGAUGUGCUAAGGUUAAACCACGUAGGAGAUUGGGGGACUCAAUUUGGUAUGCUCAUUGCUCACCUGCAAGAUAAAUUUCCAGAUUAUCUAACAGUUUCACCUCCUAUUGGGGAUCUUCAGGCCUUUUAUAAGGAAUCCAAGAAGAGGUUUGAUACCGAGGAAGAUUUUAAGAGGCGAGCAUAUCAGUGUGUAGUUCUGCUCCAGAGUAGAAAUCCUGAUAUCAUAAAAGCUUGGAAGCUCAUCUGUGAUGUCUCCCGCCAAGAGUUCAAUAAAAUCUAUGAUGCAUUGGAUAUCUCCAUAAUAGAGAGGGGAGAAUCCUUCUAUCAAGAUAGGAUGAAUGACAUUGUGAAUGAAUUUGAAGCUAAAGGUUUUGUGCAAGUCGAUGAUGGCAGAAAAAUUGUAUUUGUCCCAGGGUAUUCUGUACCAUUAACCAUAGUAAAAUCAGAUGGAGGUUAUACCUAUGAUACAUCUGACCUGGCUGCUCUUAAACAAAGACUAUUUGAGGAAAAAGCAAACAUGAUUAUCUAUGUGGUGGACAGCGGACAAUCUUUGCACUUCCAGACAGUGUUUGCUGCCGCUCAGAUGAUUGGUUGGUAUGACCCUAAAGUAACUCGAGUGUCACAUGCUGGAUUUGGUGUUGUGCUGGGGGAGGACAAGAAGAAGUUUAAAACACGUUCAGGUGAAACAGUGCGCCUUAUAGACCUUCUAGAAGAAGGACUAAAACGAUCCAUGGACAAAUUAAAAGAAAAAGAAAGAGACAAGGUCUUAACCCCAGAGGAACUGAAGGCUGCUCAGACAUCUGUUGCUUAUGGCUGUAUCAAAUAUGCUGAUCUUUCCCAUAACCGGCUGAAUGACUACAUCUUCUCCUUUGAUAAAAUGCUAGAUGACAGAGGAAACACAGCUGCUUACUUGUUGUAUGCCUUUACUAGAAUCAGGUCUAUUGCACGACUGGCCAAUAUUGAUGAAGAGAUGCUCCAGAAAGCUGCUAGAGAGACUAAAAUCAUUUUGGACCAUGAGAAGGAAUGGAAACUAGGACGAUGCAUUUUACGGUUCCCUGAGAUUCUGCAAAAGAUUUUAGAUGACUUACUUCUUCACACUCUCUGUGAUUAUAUCUAUGAGCUGGCAACUACCUUCACAGAGUUCUAUGACAGCUGCUAUUGUGUGGAGAAAGAUCGACAAACAGGAAAAAUAUUAAAGGUGAACAUGUGGCGUAUGCUGCUAUGUGAGGCAGUAGCUGCUGUCAUGGCCAAGGGGUUUGAUAUCCUGGGAAUAAAACCUGUCCAAAGGAUGUAAUCCUUCUUGGGUUUGAACACUGUGUAUUUUUACCAAAAUGGCCAUAGCACUGUUUGCUUUUUUACAAUCAUGUGGAUACAACAAAAACAAGUAAAGAAAGUUUGUCAAGA